CUGACAUUCAGUCAUGAAAAAACCACAAAAGCGUCAAAAAUGUUUUUAUCUUCCCUGAUUGAAGAAAUUUUAGUACAACUCAAAUUUUUGGCUUCAAAAGCAAUUCUAAAUUAUGUAGGGUGUCAUUUGGCUAGAGUGUUUUUAAUAAAUCUAAAAAAUAUUAAUGUACUUAUUAAUUGAUUAUAAGAUACUGAAGAAAUGGAUUUUGAAACUGCCUAUCAUACUGACUAUCAGUGGCCAUUUCCGAAGCCUAUCGUAGGAAAACCAUGCGAGCCUCCGAGUCCAACCGCGGCGCCCACAGUGAGGCCAGCUCCUGUGGCACCGUACUGUCAUUGCGACGCACAUUCUUAUUCACCACGAAUAGAACAAUACAAGCAACUGUUGGAGAAGGAGCAUAAGUUAUGUCAAGAUUAUGAACUGUUGAGGAGACAGAUGGUGGACGUAACUAAUGAUAUAUUGGAUCAUCCAUGCGACGAUUUAGACAGCAAAAUGAUGACAAUGUACCAGGCUACAUAUAAGAAGAGAUCUUUCCCUGUAUCAGACUACAGAUCAAUCAUAGCAGCGGCACAAUCUACCGCACCAAUACCCAUAGAAACCAAUCGUCUCGGCAUGCUCCACUGUUACAAAGACCCGACGCAUUUUACAGAAUACCCUCCUACUGUAAGACCAACGAUCCAUCCUCCAGGUAGAGUUCAUACAGGGGUCGCCCCCAAAUCCAUACAAACGUGGUUCACAGAAUUUCCCGGCAGAACCGAGUAUAUGGACACAUAUAGUGCUACGGCGAAAUCUUGUUGGAGAUCUAUGCAAAGGUUCAAAGAACCAAUGCCCUCAACUAGAAGAAGAGCGGACGAUACUUGUGUUUAAUUAAUGUCGAAACUGUAUUAGUGAUUGUAGCAAACAAUAAAGGGGAAGAUAAAGAUAAUAGGUCAUUUUAAUUAUAUAAUUAUAUUGCGUAAGAUGUCUAUUUAUUACCUAAGAUUAUAGGUGAUUUGUACUAUGCCGGAAGACAGUCCACAGAUCACUGUUAACUUAAGUGAAGCAGAUUGCUUUGCAAACGAGAUAUAGUAGUGAAAUUACAAGUUACGCUGGAUUGACAUCUUAGUCCUCAGGAAUUGAAAUGGAUUGAAUGGAUAAGGGAGAUAUCACGAGCGUCACAUGACAUAAUUUAUGUGGUACUGCUUACGUAAGUACAUAGGCACAUAAAACGUACCGUACCUAAUUAUUACGUGAGUAAUUCUUACAUCUUUAUCAAUUUGUACAAUAUUUCCUCCGUUUAAUAGGUAUUGUUCCGUUCAGUAGAGACCGUUGACAUGAGUGGCAGGGCCAAAGUUCACACCAGAUAGUUAACAACUGUACGUUGACACAGUCUAGAAUACAAUCGGGCCCGCAAUUUAAAUUAUGUACUCAUUAGUCAUUGCGUCAUUGAAACGUCGAAUUGUCUACAAUUUAACGUUAUAUUGCUCUCGCUGAGCGACUCAUUACAAUGUACUUCUAUGCAUUUUUAAAUUUAGCAGAAAUAUUCACCAUUAUUCUAAUAUAGAAAUACAUAUAUAAGUAACCGUACAAAUAAUUCUAUUUGUAUUUUAGUAAUUAUACAAACUAAUAUAUAAUAGUAAUAAAUGUGUUGACGACUUCGGUGAUUUAGCGGUUUAGCGCACCGCCUUACUUCCGAUAGUGAUGCGGGUUCGAUUCCUCGCAACGAACAUUUGUAUUCAUGAGUAGGAUUAUUUAUGUCGCUCUGGAUGCUUUCUAUGAAAAUUGUAUAUGUAUUUACAAAAAAAAUCUAAGUCUUUAUAUCAGUUGUCUAGUAUCCUUAACACAAGCUCUGCUAACUUUAGGACUAGAUAGCGUCGUGUGAAUUGU